UUUUCGCACUUUAGGACUGGUCCCGAUACCGGACGACCCAAUACCGGAUUUUAGUCCUCGAAAAAAUGCAGAUAUGGCGUCCUCAAUUUCGCCAAUGGAAAGAUUACAACAGCUAGAAGGCAUUGAAAAAGAAAUAUCAACAGCCAUUCUUAAUUCAGGGAAAGCAUUAGAAGAACUGGCCAAGGAGAAACCCCAGAUGAAAACAGUCGAGACACACACUACCGGCUUUAUCAAAACUCUAGAAAGUGUUGAAGCAGGUCUUAUGAAACAGAUUCAGUAUCUAACACAAGUUUCUACAGGUCAGCCACAUGAAGGCUCUUGUUACGCAGCCCAGAAAGAUUUGUUAAUGGCAUACCAUCGUAAAGCUCAUGUGCAGAGUCGUCUUGAAGAAUUAGAAAAGAUACAUGCUGAAAAUAGACCUAAACAUCUACAGCUUUCAAAAAGCUAUUCACUACCUCCAAUGGCACAAGGACCAGGUUCUGCAGGAAACUAAAGAUCUUAAC